AUGACGUCCGCCGGUGAGACAGCGGCGGCCGGCGUCUACGGCCUGAGCGCGAUGAACGAGCACGGCGUGGACACGAAGCUGAGCUUCCUCGCCGGGCACGUCAGUAUCUUCGUCAACGUCGCGAGUCAGUGAGGACACGCCGCCGCGAACCACGCCGGGUUCGCGGCGCUGACGCGGCGCUUCGAUAAAAAGCUCAGAGUCCUCGCGUUUCCGUGCGACCAGUUCGGCGGGCAGGAACCGGGGGACAUGCGACAGAUCAGAGAGUUCAACGACGAGCACGGAUUCGAGGGGACGCUGUUCCAUAAGACGGACGUGAACGGCGCGAACGCGUCGCCGGUGUGGACGUACUUGAAGGAGAACGCCGACGGCGAGGACGUGCGGUGGAACUGGGAAAAGUUUUUAGUCGGCCGGGACGGGACGGUGUUGAAGAGAUACGGCGGCGCGUUCGAUUCGCGCGCGCUCGCGGCGGACGUCGAGGCCGCGCUCGGGGACGCGAGUGAUGGCACCGUACACGACGUAGUUUCAUAG